AUGGCCUCCGUCGCCUCCUUAGAUAGCACAAUCGGCCUCAGGCUUAUGCCGGAGCUACUCGGUCUCGACGCGCCUGUUCCUGUCGCUGUUGACGCCGGCUCCGAGGGGGAAGUCACGUGCACUGACGCGCGGAAACUCCAAGACUCGAACCCAAGUCCGAACAUAAGAGAAACGAACGAGAAACCAAGUGCAAACUAUUUCAGAGACUCGUCAUCUGGUAAUAACGAUCCUCUGAGUUUCUUACCAUCUGGAUUCUUGGAAAGAACGAAAGGUCAAGGCUUUGUGGUUUCCCAUUGGGCCCCACAGGUGGAGGUACUUGGCCAUAGAGCCACCGGUGGGUUCCUCACUCACUGUGGAUGGUUUUCUACGGUUGAGAGCAUCGUGCAUGGCGUUGCCAUAAUAGCAUGGCCAUUGUUUUCUGAGCAGAGAAUGAUUGCUGCCAUUCUUGCUGAUGGUAUGAGAGUAAGGCCAAAGGUUGAUGAUGAGAGUGGCGUUGUGGAGAAGGAUGAAGUUGCGAAUGCGGUGAAGAGUUUGAUGGGAGAAAAUGAGGGAAGAGAGAUUCAUGAGAGGAUGCGAGUGUUGAAAGAUGAAGCUGCUGCGGCAAUCAAACAAGAUGGUUCUUCCACCGUCACAUUGUCUAAAUAG